AUGGAAGGCUUUGCAGACAAUGGGCUUGCUUACCAUGACGUCCUGCCGCCGGGACCGCACCGCGCUGCCCCCUCCAGCGACGGCGGCGGCAGCGCACUGGCACCACAACCAUCAGCAGCACCACCGUCAGCGCAGACGGGCGCCGCGCAUGUCACCUCGAACGGCGCGCGACCGCUAACGGGCCUCGGCCUCGGGCAGGGCGAAAGCCACGCCGAAGCGGAGGAUGCUGGUCGAACACCAAGAGGAGAUGGAGCAUCAAGAGCAGCCGUCGCCUCGAUCGCGCACUACGACAGCUCCACAGCCCGCGCGUCGAGCAUGGAUCGAAGCGCGGCGAGCUCAUCCACGUCCAACUCGAACUCGACCUCGACCGACGGAGAUGGUGGCAGCAGCAGUGUAGCCAGUGCCCAUUUGCCGCCAUCAUCCGAUCAUCAUUCCGGGGUCCCAAUGGCCCAAGAGCGCGUUCGUAGUCGUCUCGUUGCAAGCACCUCGUCGUCGUCGAUGUUGCUGCAUCACAACGGCGACAUGGAAGUCGAUGAUGAUGCAUCGUCCUCAGCACCCCCUACGCCUUUGCUCGCCGGCCAAACGGAGACGGCCUCGGGCGACGCGACGGGCGACGACGCUGUAGUCUCAUCUUCCGGAACUGCGACACCUGUUCUGAACCCGACCCGAGAGCUAGAAGAGCAAGAGAUUGCGUUGUUUGGUGCUGCUUCGGUCGAGGACUCGCUGCCGCCACCACCGAGGGAAAUCGCGGGCAAAGGCAAGGUCGGUGGAUGGGGAAGUAAUGGAGCGUCUGCAGGGCUAGCAUUAGGGGACGGUAUCAUCAAGCCUGGCUCGAAGCGAGCUCAAAAGUCGAUCAAGAUUAGGUGAGCAUCACUUCUGGUCUCUUUUUCGGACUCGGCCCGGUCGUCCGCGCCGAGAGAUGGGCAACGAGGGGUCCGACCAUGAACAUCAACCCUCAAGUCGACGAUGCUGCUCGGGACGAGUUGAAGCUUGCACCCCCGAGGAAAAGCGACGAUCUCGUACCGUCGGACUUUCUUCUCUUCGGCUCACCAAAGAUGAACCUACUUUCUGUUCAUCGGGCAUCAGCAACCACUACAUCGACACUGAAUUGUUCUCUGUGAUUGGAAGCUGAACAUCGCAAUUUGUCUUGCCCUUUGCUUUAACAGUGCUGGAUCCGCUACCUCGGUCAAGGGACCCAAGAUCCUCGCUCGUCGUGCAGCGGUGUCGGCACACAAGGCUUUCAGCGGCGAGGAGGCCCAGCUGGUGAGUGGCGAGUCGUGCAGGCAGGCUCGACUUGCCCCGAGCGCCGUCGAGAUUGGGGCGCGCGCGCGCCGCCGAGCUUCGCCUUUUGCCCUCCUUCCACCCACCCGCUCCCGCAUACCCCCUGCGCGCUCCGUGCGUGGUCGUGCCUGCCUUGGGGACGCCGGUUCCCUCCUCUCGUUGCCGUCGCUCUUGGUGUGCUUACUCUAGGCUUCCUCCUUUAUUCACUCUUAAUCUCGUCGCUACACCCGUUGCACAACAUGACUCGCUCGACCCGGUGCUCGCCCGCGCCUGCAUCGGCUCACACCUGGACCACGACCGCCUCCACCACCACCACGGGCGCUCACCUCUCCUCGCGCGGCGGAGCUCAGCCCAAUAACGAUUACUGUGAUGCGUGUCUCGGCAAGGGCCACUUCCUAUGCUGCGAUGGAGGAUGCUUGAGGUCAUUCCACUUCACUUGUCUCGAUCCUCCCCUCGAUGUUGAUCAAGUACCGGACGAGGCAUGGUACUGCAAGGCUUGCCGUGCGGCAAAGGUCAGUUGGGCACCCCUGUCUCCCCUCUUUCGCUCUCCCAGCGACGAUGCGGCCCCUCACGAGCGACCCACACCAAGGAGUCGAGGGAUGGGGAUGUGUGGAAAGAGAGUUCCACACGUGCGUUCGAAUGCUGACUCGCCCUGUUCGACGCCCCGCUCUUGCGAACCUACAGAGACCGCCUCCGCAACCACCUCGAGGUUUCUUCCGCGAGCUCAUACACAAGAUCGACUGCGAGAACCCCAAGGUCUUCUCACUGGGACCCGAUAUCAAGAGCUUGUACAAGAACAGUGGGUUUUCGAUGCGGGUGGAUAUACGUUGUUGGUGCAAAGCUCUUUUGACUGACCAAGCGCCGCAUUGGUCCGCGCCACACUUGUUCACCUGCGCAGUUGCGACGGGCGCGGUAGGAGAAUAUAUCGAUACGACUGAACAUCGACCACCGUCAAAAAUUACGUAAGCAUAAUCUGGAGGGUCGGUCUUGGUGAUAGGGUGAAGCACCGGGCUGACCUGAUGACCGCAUGUUCGCACUUUGCAGAGGUCGAGCGGUCGGUCAAGAAGAGCGCGAUGGGUAUAAGCUGCGCGACAAGACGGGCAAGACGCUCAUCUGCUACCACUGCAACGAAACAGCUUCGAUCGCGAAGCAACGGCGUAUCAUAUCCUGCGACUUUUGUGACCAGCACUGGCAUCUCGACUGCCUCGAUCCACCACUCGUCGGCAUGCCUCCGCCGACUCGCAAGUGGAUGUGCCCCGCACAUACACAGCAUGUCCUGGUGAGUCGAGUGCCUUUCUUCAUCUAGUUGAGGGUGUCACUGACGCACUCAUACAUUAUAUCUGGAUCUAUCAGCCGAAGAAACGCAUUCCUCGAAGUACGACCACCAUUCCUGUCCAACCGCGCGACUCGACGAAUAACGGCGACAUCCUCGUCAUCCCGAAACGCGAACCUCGCCUCCUCGACGACGAUCGAUACGAAGAGAUCACGGUCAACCGAGUGCGGUAUCAGGUGCCAGAGGAGACGAUCAUCCUCGACUUUUGGGGGAAAGCCGGGGCCUUGCAAGCUAGUCUUAAAGCGUCGUUAGCACUCAAAGCAUUGGACAAAUCUUCAGCGGAACUUGCGACGAACCGACAAAGCUCACCGGAUAUGGACGUAUCGUCGGAUGAAUCUGAAGAUGAUGCGCUCGAUCGACGGCACCCCUCGCACGGUCCACGAAGCAGUUCGGGCUUAUCGGCAUUGGAUGGGUUGGCCCUGCUGGCCGAGAUUCGUUUCGCCGAUUUGCAAGCGAGUAAGGAAGAGGACGUUACGAUGGGUGAAGGCGUUCAGAACUGGGUCGGCUCGACAAAGGAGAAGAUCAAUGGGAGCGGAGGCGAUAUAACACAUACGAUCGCCGUCUCCGAGACCAAUUAG